GUAUUAAAAUCGUUUAACCCAGAGUAGGCUCAAGUAGAGUAGAGCAGAGCAGAGGAGGGAGCAGGAGGGUAGGGUAGGGAUGGGGACCCUAAGGUAGGGUAGACUAGGUUUGGGUAGGGUAGAGUAGAGUAGAGUAGAGUAAAGAAGGUAGAGCGGAGCGGAGCAGAAAAGAUUGCUUGUUCAGUAUCGCAAUGUAACUUUUUUCCAAAGACACAAAGAUGAAAAUGAAUAGCCUAAGUAUAUCCAAAAAGUCCCCUGAUGAGGUCUCCGUGCUCUUCGAUCGGUGCUACGGUAUCUAUGCCACUUUAUAUCAAGUCCCCUGACGUAGCAGUAUGGUGGCCUGGUGGGGAAAGUGAUGACAGAUACAAACGACAUACGUCUCAUAUUCUGCUGUGAUAACUCUCAUCCCGUUUGCGGAAAAAGGCCUGCAGUACUAAUGGAUUUUUGUUUUUCAAUAAACAAAACUAGCCAUGUUUAUGCUCAUAUUGUGCUUGCAGUUGGUCAACAACCCAUAUCCCUUUUUAAAGAAUCAUUAAAAACCACCCCGAAUGAAGUGAAGCGCACACUAAAAGACGCGUGAAUUACGCCCAGACCACUGAACCUAUUGCUCGCACUGAGAGAGAAAGGAAAUGUUAGUUUUAAUGGCAUUUCCUAGAGGAGAAAAGAGGCAGAAACAGCCAUAUACAUCGUGAAAAGGCCAUUUUAAUAAAUUUGAUUCAUUUUGCGACGGUAGCGUUGCCUGCGCUUUGGAAAAUACCCGUGGACAGAUCGUGUAUUCCUAAACGACGUACAGUUUCGCAGCUGUGGAACCGUUUGCUACUGGGCACGAGCAAGUUUACCAAGGAAAAAAAGCGCGGGUUCUUUUCCCUCAAUAUUGUUUUGUUUUCGUUGGAGAAUGUCACAGUUCUUUUGAGUGACUCAAACGUAGUAUAAAGAACGUAUUUUUCGACAGAAUUAUCAGUUACUUUGACUUGGAGAAAACGCGGUCGACAAUGUGGUCCUUCUCAUUCUCGGCCAUGUUGUCAUGUUGAACCAUGUGACAUUUGUGACAUUUUCAAGGAUAACAGUUUUUACACCAGCUGAAGAUGGGAGCAUCGAGCGAUGACCAAGAUGAACUGCCGCUGAGUUUGUCAACGAAAAAACGUCGCUGCCUGAAAAGAUCACGCUUAUCUUCCGACUCUGAUGAUGAUAAAAGAAAGACCAGAUCAUCGAGGAAACAACUGAACAACUCAAGCAAGGAAAGUGAUGACAAUGAAGGCUGUGGAAGUGAACAGUUGAACCCAACGCCCUCACAGACCCCUCGCAGCUCAGAACGGUUGCGAAGGAAAUCUUUGCAAUCAUUCUCUUUGCCAAGCAGGGAAAAAGUACUAGACGCCAUAACACCCAAAGGCAAAACCCUUUGUAGUCAGCAGAAAGUAAAGACGUUAAAAAGAAAACUGGUCAACAACUUUCUGAGAGAGCGUUCUUCAUAUGUCAGCCGUGGAGAGGGUCGUUAUGACUCAGAUGAUAGUGGAAUGUCUGAUUUCAUAAACGAUGAUUCAGAGGAGGAUGAAGAAGAUGAUACAGACUCCAGUGCGGAGAUUAACCAGAGUUGUGACAGCAACAAGAAAGACUCGGGAGUAUGCAGUGUAGAAGUCAAUAAAAAGAGACACAAGGAAAGAGCAGUGCUUAGCUCAGAAGAAGAAAAUCAAAAAUCUCGUGGAAGUGACAAUGAUAAUGUGCUUUUGUCAGAACUGGUGGAUGAAAAAAGAGCAAGAAAGAAAGUGACUCCAACUGCUGCUGAUCCAAAUUACAGUGAGUCAGAGGAGGAGUUUACUCCAAAACUCAAAACAGCGAACAAAAGAAGGAAAAUCAUUGAGUGUAGUGACUCAGAUGAAGAAAGUCAAUCUGCAAAACAGGAAAGGAAACUGAAAGAUGUUAAUGAUGAGAGGAAAAACUCUGACAGUGAUGAUGAACUGUCAAAGAAUUCUCCAGCUAAAUCUGCCUCUUUGAGGCCACGCUCAAGGCGUCUGCAACACCUUUCACAGAAACAUGAAGACAAACAUCGCAAAACAUUUGACUCUUUAUUAAAGAAAAGACAAACAGCAAAACUGGAUCCAAAAGAGAGACAUGCAAAGAAACAAUUGUCAAGAGAUAGUGAUGAAUCUGAAAGCAGUGAUGCAUCUAGGUUAGAGGAAGAGCUGGAUCCUCUAAAAGAGGCUGAUGCAUGCUUUGAAAUGCACAGCAGUGAACUUGAGGAAGAUGAUGAUGAUAGAGACUUCAUAGUCAAAGAUGGAGAGACUUCUGAUGAAGGAAUGAAUUCUGAUGGUGCAUCACAGUUUCUUAAGCUUCUAGACACGUUUACAGGCAAGCAACAGGAUGAAGAAGUUGCAUGUAAUGAAAUGAAAGAUGUUCCUUAUGGCAGUGAGGACACUCAUUUCAGAAGGCGAAGAAAAAGAAGGAAAAGGAAAAAGGAGAGGAAAGCAUCAAAAUGGAGGCGCAUCAAGAUGGAGGAUGACAGUGACGAUACUGAUGCCAAUGAUACAGCAGUCAGCGACGUGUGUAAUAGAUAUCCACCUCUUCAUGCUGCUGUUCUUGAAAAUGAUGUGCCUUUGGUGAGUAAGCUGAUAAAAAAAGAUCCCGAUUGCGUUUAUGAAAUUGGGUACAGAAAGAGAACGGCCUUACAUUUGGCAGCAUUAGAAGGCAAAGUGGAACUAGUGAAACUUCUUCUUUACCAUGGUGCCGAUCGAACUGCUGUGGAUUGCUAUCAUCUUUCAGCCAUUGCUUAUGCUCUGGAUGGACAUCCAGAAUGUGUUCAGCUGUUACUUGAUCACACAAACAUUAAGAAUAUUAAUAAGAGUAUGACAAACAAUCUGCAAGAAAUGAACUUGUUACACUUUGCUAUUGGGGAAACAAGAGAUGGCUUGAAUUGCCAUGACCGAGCAAGAUGCCUGGAACUUCUGUUUAGUAGAGACAAGAAGACCUCUACAAAGCUUCUAAGACAAAGUGAUGUUAGGAAAUUUUUCCCUUUGGCUGCAGCUGUAUUUGCCGGACAACAUGAGUGUGUCCAAGUCUUGCUUAGGAUGGGUGCAGAUGCUACGGCUUGUAAGACAGAUGAUGGAGGAAAUAUCCUGCAUUUUGCUGUAGAAUGUGCAUCUCAUUUUAAAGGAACAUGGCCAGCAACCAAGGACACUUCACAGUGCCUGAGAGAACUUCUAAAGAAAACAAAACUUCUGAUUGACCAGCCUGAUGACAAUGGUUUCACUCCACUAAUGUAUGCCUGUGAGAGUGGGGAUGCCAAAAGUGUCAAGCUGUUGCUGGAAAAUGGUGCUUCACUCAAAUGUGUGGACAGUCAUGGUACCUCAAGCCUUCAUCUAGCUGCAAUGUCAGGGGACACUGAGUGUGUCCAGUUACUGCUCAACUUUGGACACCAGGUUGAUUGUGUUGACAAAUGUGGUUGGCCACCACUACUUUAUGCCAACUUCAAGGCUCACGAGAGCUGCGUGCUAGCGCUUAUGAAGCCCAAACCAGAGCAGGUGUUUGUGUUGGGAACAUUGUUAAGAAAAGCAAGGAAUGAGUUGGACAAAAAAAGAACGGUCAAGGUUGUCAAGAAUGUGCUUGUUUCUCUGGCAAACCAUGAUGCCUACUACACAGUCUUCAAUGACUUCAUUCGGCAAAAUCCUGAAAUGCUGGAUGAGAACAACUAUGGUCUUCUACAGCACAUCUGGAGGGCCAUCCUGGAUUUUGAUAAUAAGAGAAGGUGGUUCGUCAAGAAGCUGUCACAGAUAAGAGGAAGUGGCCCAUAUAGCUGGGCAUUUGAAAGUAUAUCCCUGGACAUUGACAGAGAAAAUGUGCUAGGCAGUGCUAUAAACCAGAUGGGCAGAACACUUGGACAUGCACUGCGAAACAGAUCAUUGCACGUUACUUUUAAGAAUGAACCUGGUAUAUGCACUGGUCCUAAGAGGGAAUUCUUUGCUUGCUUCUGUAAAGAUGUUAUUGAUCCUAAACGUGGCCUCUUUAUAGUCACAGAUGAUACUCAGUACAGUCCAGUGCCAAAUGCUUACUUUGCUAAAUAUGUCAACAAAGAAACACAGCAGGAUUCUUCACAGAACACUACAACUCAGCCAGUUACAUCAGUUAAAGAAGCACAUCCAUCAGCCGAGUGUACAGAUGAAGAAUUAAUGACAGCAUUGUCGCAGGCUGAAGAGCUUGCCGAAACUACAGCAAACACCAGUCAUGAUGAUGCAGAGCGAAUCAAUGAAGAUAGUCAGGCAAUUCAUCAGGCAAGCAAUCUGUUGUCUGACGUACACCGUGAAACAGAGAAUCAUGAUGUAAGCCCGCCUGGAGAGAAGCAGACUAAUUCAGGCAGUAGCGUAUCAGGAGAAGGCGCAACGUUAGUUGAUGAGGAGAUGAAUAUAAAAUUGUCUAGUCAAGUUGCGUCUGGUGAGAGAGCGGAAGAAAGCAAUGAGACAAGUGCUUCAGAUGAAGCACACAAUGGUACAUCUCACAGCAGUGGACAAGAUUCAUCUAGUGCCAGCAGUAUUGAUCGUGGGGAUACAACGUGGAUAUCUUGUAUGGAACGUAGCAGUGGAGACAAGGCCAUUACGAAUUUGUCCUUGCGUUCCAAACUCAAGCAGCUUCGCUUCAUUGGCCGCAUGACAGGAUUUGCCAUUUGCCAGGACUUGCUUCUUGAUCUCCAUCUGUCUAAACCAUUUGUGAAGCAGAUCCUUGGAAUCCCAUUAUCUCACCCAGAUGACCUGAGUUCUUUUGAUUACGAGCUUCACAAGAAUGCAGUGACCUGGGUACAGGAGAACAGCGUGAAUGACCUUGAUUUGUCAUUUAGUGUGGAUGCACUGAAUCCGUGGAAUUCCAAACCUGUUACAAUCGAUCUUACUGAUGACAGCGACAAGAAACUUACAGAUGAUAACAAGGAAGAAUACACCAAACUUGUGUCCCAGUUUAAGCUGGAGACAUCGAUAAAGGAUGAAGUUGCGGAAUUUUCCGGAGGACUUAAUGAGGUUAUUCCUCGUGAUUUCCUGUCCCUGUUUACAGCCGAUGAAUUUUCACUCUUGAUUAAUGGAGUCACUAAACUGGAUGUGGAAGACUGGAAGAAACACACUGUGUACAAGGCAUGCACGGUGGAACAUGACGUCAUUCAGUGGUUCUGGAAUGUAGUGUGGCAGUUAAAGGAAGAAGAAAAAGCUUUGCUGAUGAAGUUUUCCACUGGCUCGCCGUGUGUUCCUCUUGGUGGUUUUGCUGCUCUAACGGGUUUGUCGGGACCUACAAAAUUCACCAUCCUGAAGACCGAAGGACUCAACAAAAUUCCAAUGGCAUCCACUUGUUUCAACAUGUUAAAACUAACCAGCUACAGUUCUGAGAAGCAGCUCAAGGAUAAGCUGUUGAUUGCGAUACGACACGGUGCCGAGGGCUUCUCAUUUUCAUGACCCAGUUACAGACUCUGCUUCACAAAGCGUGAUAGAAGAAACAGUGAGAUCUCAAAAAACUUUGCUUUGCCAGCAAUGAUUGAAAUUGACGCGAAAGACAGGGUGCUGAGGGACUCUCCUUUAGAUGAGUUACAGAUCCAGCUGUACAGAUCAUAACAGACUGAGGCAUUGAAAGGGUAUUUUUUUUUUUUCAAUUAUGAACUGAUUGCCGCGAUUCGACACGAUGAUGAGGUGUUCUCGUGUGCGUGAUCUGCUUCCAGCUUUACAGAACAUGAUCGUGUGGUUGCUGGAUCCAAAAACGACAUUGAUUUUGUUGUUUUGUUUUUGUCUUUUCUUCCACUUAUUUAUUGGUUAUCAAACAACGUCGUGAGUAAUUGACAAAACUCGAUCACAACUAAAGAAAGGACAUUGGCUUAACUUGCAAUUGCUGAAUUGAGCAAAAAUGUGGACGUUAGCACGUGCAGAUGUUUAAGGUAGUGAAUAAUUCCUAAAGGUGCAGUUGCACUAGACAAAUUUUCGCGCUUGCUUGUCUCACUACUGAGGUGCUACACAAAUUGCACAAGGCGUUGCCCACGGUAAAGCCCCCCUGAAAUGGUCAUGUCUCUAACGUUUUGUCGCUGCAAGCAUUGCUGUGCAACACAACAAACAUGCCAUACAAAUUACCUGGUGUCAUGUGUAACAGAGCCUAAUAAUUAUUUGUUUAUCACAAUUUGGUACGCUGCAUUGAGGUUUUUGAAAUCUGGAUUUUUCUCUAAUAUUAAGACAGGCGGCGUGGAUUUACCACACGACCAUUAGCGUGAUCAGAAGCCAACAAUUCAGAAAAACAGGUUUACACCGCAAUUUGCUAUUGUGAAUUACUAGACCGAAAGAGACUGCAAUACCGCCAAUGUUAGUGGGUUUGGUAUUGUUUUGUUUGCUGUUUGUUUUUUGUAUCAAACCCUUGUGGUAAACGUCGAUCAAAUAAAUAGACGGAUUCGGCUAAUGUGUUUACAUCCUUGGUGCUACCCAAUAACGAAGCGCGUUAAGUCUAAAAAUAGAAUGCAUAUUAUUGGAACCCCGCGAGAGUCAGACAACAUAAGCGUUUUCUGAGAGAAAU